CUGCAGCAUGAUCAUGAAGAUGCAAGGUAUUAACGAAUUUAGGAAGUUCUUCUUAGGAUCAACGGGAUUCGGAUUGCUAUUUUCAGCAGGAGUGACUACUUUCACUCCUGCUGACACUCUUUCACUCCUGCUGACACUCAAUUAGGAUCAUUCUGAUUCUACUUUAACUUUCUGUACACGACAAUGCGGAAGCGAAGAAAAUGGCCAGCGCUUUUGCAGCUUCUGCUGUCCCUCAUUGCUCUCGGGUCGUUCUUCGCAGCCUCAGCUGUCGGGCGCACCUUGCCCUCAGUCCCUGAGACGACCACAACCACGUCAAACGAGGGCGAAGCGACGGGUAAUUACGUAGUUGGCACGAAAACAAGCGAAGCCAUACCCAUAGCCAGCUCCAAGAACAAAGCGAAGGGUGGUCUUGCGGUUCUCUUGGACGAGCGUAACACUGCGAGUAAGUCGUCGUCCGUGGGAGGAGCAUCAUCUUCUCGUCUAGCUGCACAACAUCAACAGGAUGAUGAAGCGGAUGAAGAAAUGCAAAACAGGCAAUCAGAAAUGGAGAAGACUCUGACUGCUGCAGCGGGAAAUAAACGGCACGCGGCAACGAUGAUGGCACGACACGACGCAGAAGCGCAGCACGGGGGUCAUCUUAGGUUGCACAAUUUGAUGGCCAGGACGACGAAGUCUACCUUUGCAUCAUCUUUACACAGCUCAACGCACGAGGACUCUUCAGCAGUGUCGUCAUCACUACAAAAACGGCGCACGAGUUCUGCACAAUCCAGCUCCACCACCUUGGCGCUGUCGCUUUCCAACAAACGCUGGCUUUCCGCGGCACACCUGCUGACGCCGAGCACGUUGCGGAACGACAUGGCGAAUGUUUUGCAAAACUUGCAGGAUUUGGAGCAGGGACGCGAUUUUUAUGGUACUACAACACAAAGUGCGACCGGCUCAGCAGCUACCACUGCCAGUGGAAGUAGACGGUUGUCCGACCCGGACGAGCCCACGUUGGAAUUUUCCUCCGGUCCGGGUGGUGAAGAUGCAAAAACCUCCAACCCCCAGAUCGCGGAACUAGAAGAAAAUUCGGCGAAUGCUGCACCCACGACCGCGACCUCUUCCUUCGCGCGCCUCCUCCUGGAUUCCCUCUGCAUGUUCCUGCCCUUUUUUAUGUUUCUCAGCCCCGGGGUUUCCGUCUUCUACCCCGCGUGGAAACAAGCCGAUCGGAACAGUGCGAAUGCGGGUGGUGUCGGUGGAAGUGCUGGAGCCUCGUUCUCCCUCCCACCACUCCCGCUGACGUCACAAACCACCCAGUGCUUUCUGUGGCUGCUGUUCGGGUUACAUCUAAGCAAGGACGCGCAGCCGGUGGUGCUGAUUCCAAACGUUGUCGGCCUGGUUUUGGGCGUGGUCUAUUUGUAUCUCUACCCGAAGUUUCUGGGCAGUGCUGCCAGUAAUUCUCCGACGGUGUCUUUAUUUAAGCAGCAAUACCGCUUGCAGAUGAAUCUCGUGAUCCUGAUCGCGGUGAUCGGCGUCGUGCUGCAUUGGAUGGCGUUUGUUUUCGAGCAGAACACUAUGGAAAUAGCAAAUGGAGCAGCAGGACGAGGAGCUACAACUUCAUCAUCCUCUGAAGCUUCUUCAAGUGGAAGCAAAAAUCCACAAAGCAACGUCGCACACGACACUAUCGGGUACCUCGCCUGUUUGAUUGGGCUACUACUUCUAACCAGCCCUCUGUUUGUGAUUCAGCAGGCUCUGGAGACGGGGAACCCGCAGGUGAUGGGCAGCUUCGUCAUGAAUUUGUUCUCCUUUUCCUGUGCCUUCGUCUGGACGAUUCAGGGCGUGCUGAUCAACCAAAAACCCGUGCUGAUUCAGAACUUCUGCGGGACGGUCGCGAACGGGCUGGCGCUUGCUGUUCGGUGGUAUUUGGAGGUGAAAUUCGGAACGAAUUUAGUGCACGGUAGCAGCAUGAUACCUCCAGCUGUACAGCAUGCUGUGGAUUUCGACCUCGAGAGCCCGGAGAAGGAUCAAGCGAAUGAUGACGAGAGCGAGCUGACGACGAUCACCAGCAGUACUGUGUCGACCACGGCGAGCGUGAUUAUAGGCGGGAGCAUGACAGCUGGCAGUGCCGGUGCACAGAGCUCCUACUCUGCUGGAGGGGGAGCGGCCUUCAGUGUCGGAGCAGCACAGUUCUCCCCGCCAAUGAACAUCAAGGGCGGGCCGGUGGAGUGAAUAAGUGCUUCAUCUUGUUCCAUGACACGGAUGAAAGGGUACAAGACGGUGUUAGACAUGGAUUGACCUGCUGUUUUCAACUUUUGCGAACUACCUUCUUUUCCACCAUAGAUGCUGCAAGAUCAUGUGCUACUUCUGCGAUCUUCGGUUGAUGUAUUGAUAAAAACUUUAUUGCACAGGAGUCCCAUGAUUGUAGCUUCUUGCAUCGCAGCUUUUGUGGAGAAGCGAAUGUGCAGUCUGUCAGCAAAGAAUAGAAAGAAAUGAAAUUGCCAGCUGCACGAGCGACAUGAAUUUUG